CAGGAGCUGGAAGCCUGCACCUUCAGGGUCCAGGUUGGGCAGCUGAGGCUCUAUGAGGAUGACCGGCUGACGAAGGUGGCUCAGAUCAUCCGCCACCCCAAGUACAAUGAGAGCCUGUCGGCCCCAGGGGGUGGAGACAUCGCCCUGCUGAGACUGGAGGCCCCUGUGGCACUGUCAGAGCGCGUCCACCCCGUCUCGCUCCCAGAGGCCACCUGGAAUGUUUCUUCUCAGAAAACUUGCUGGGUGACCGGCUGGGGUAACAUCCGGGAAUUUGAGUCGCUGCCCCCACCCUACAGCCUACGGGCAGUGGCGGUUCCCCUUGUGGAGGACGAAGCCUGUGACCACCAGUACCAGAAUUUCUCCUUGCACAGUGCUGGCAGGGUCAUCAAGGAUGAUAUGCUGUGUGCUGGGCGCAAGGGCCAUGCUGCUUGCCAGGGAGACUCUGGGGGUCCCCUGGUCUGCACAUGGAGAUGCUCCUGGGUGCAGGUAGGCGUGGUGAGCUGGGGUAAUGGCUGUGGCCAUCGUGACUUCCCUGGGGUGUAUGCCCGUGUGAUGAGCUAUGUGUCCUGGAUCCAUCACUAUGUUCCCCAGUUCCCUGGGCUCUAGAUGGGGCAGGGAUGGGGUCUGCCCGGUGGAGGAGGAGACCUCAUUCUUCCUUUUGACACACUCUGUUCCUCCCCUGAUUCCAGUCUCAUCCCCCCAACCUCCUCAUCCUCCAACACAGCGGGUGCCCUUGCCCUCCUACCCUGAGUUCCCUGGGCCUCUCUGAACUCUGGGAGGAAGGGCUGUGAGGCAGCAUCUCCGGGAGUGGGGCAGGCAUGGGAUGUGUGGCCAAGUUCCUACUCACCCUGUUUCCUAUUAAACUGUGGAUUGUCUAAUUGAUCUCUGUUUGAACUCAGAGCCCAAAAGUGGCUGGGAGGCUGGGCUAGACGUGUAGGGGCAUCUCUGGCCGGUGCUUUAAGACCCUCUAGCACUCUACAUUCUGGCCACCAAAGAGGAUCAGACACACAGCAAGGAUGUUCUGGGGCUGAUCCCACUGCCUUAUUCAGGU